AUGUCGGACUCCGGCGACAUGUCAAAGGAGAAAGCCUCGGCACGCGAAUUCGAGAACCCCUCAGUUCCACAAGACGAGAAGAUUACAGAUCAUGAAUCGGGGAUAAGCCGACCGCCAUCAUUCAAUGUCGAUGAAAAAGCGGUGUUGCGCAAAAUGGAUCUUCGAUUAAUUCCUAUGCUCAGCAUCCUUUACCUCCUUGCUUUUUUGGAUCGAGGAAAUAUUGGAAACGCAAAGAUUGAGGGAUUGGUGGAUGAUUUGAAUAUGACAGGACCGCAGUACAAUUGGACUCUGACCGUGUUCUUUUUCACCUACUGCGUCUUCGAGUUACCCAGCAAUCUCCUCCUUAAAAAGUUGAGACCGUCCAGAUGGCUACCAUUAAUCAUGGUUGCAUGGGGUAUCGUAAUGACCCUGAUGGGAGUUGUCAAGGGCUAUGGUGGUCUCUUGGCAACCCGCCUCAUGUUGGGUGUCGCCGAGGCCGGUCUAUAUCCAGGUGUAGCCUAUUACAUUACGCUCUGGUACCCUCGCCAUCGAGCUCAGUAUCGACAAGCGCUUUUCUUCAGCGCGGCCAGCAUUGCCGGUGCAUUCUCCGGGCUUUUAGCAUAUGGAAUUGCGAAAAUGGACGGGGUUGGUGGGUACGCCGGCUGGCGCUGGAUCUUCAUUCUAGAGGGUCUUCUCACCGUUGUGGUGGCUCUUUUCGCACCUUUCGCAAUCCAUGAUUCCCCAGAGACGGCCACCUUUCUCACCGAAGAUGAACGUCGGUUUGUCAUUCAUAGCUUGAGGAUUCAAAAUUCGGCGGACGCGCGCGAGAUGGUGCAGGACGAGGACAAGUUUCAAAUGAAAUAUGUACUUGAUGCAUUUAAGGACUGGCAGAUCUAUUUGGGAUUAUUUAUGUACUGGGGAAUUACCUGUCCCCUCUAUGGAAUCUCACUGUUCCUCCCUUCUAUUAUCAAAGAUCUUGGCUACACAUCUUCAACCGCUCAGCUUUUGACUGUACCAAUCUACAUCACUGCAGCAGUUGUUGCCGUUCUUGCAGCAUGGUUCUCGGAUCGUCGAAAGCAGCGGUCACCAUUUAUUCUAUUCUUCAUGGCCAUGAUCGCUAUUGGGUUCAUCAUCUGCCUCGCAUCAAGUGGUCGCAGCGUACCUGGCGUCGUAUAUUUUGGAGUCUUUGUCGCAGUCAUCGGAAUCUAUCCCGCCUUCCCAGGCAAUGUUACUUGGAUCAGUGUCAACCUUGCAGGUGACUACAAGCGUGCGGCUGGAAUGGCCAUUUAUAUUGGACUUGGAAAUCUUGCAGGCGCCAUGGCAUCAAACUUCUAUCGCGCCCAGGACGCCCCGCAGUAUAUUCUUGGCCAUUCUCUGGAGCUUGCCUUCGUUGUCGUGGGCAUGGUAGCGACUGUGCUUUUGCGAUUCGCUUACCAGCGCAUUAACCGUCAAAGGGACCUUAUUGACCCCUCAGAAUAUCCUGAUGAUCCAGAUUCGUUGGGAGACCGGUCUCCACUAUUCCGGUACAUGCUAUGA